AACAAGGAAACAAAGCCUGUCCAAGAUGCAUUCAAAGGAAACUUCGUGAGGCAUGCAAAUCCAGCAGUAUCGCUUUUGUAGGCGAAGUCGAUAGGAAAUUGCGACAUGAUCCAGUCAAGAAACAAGCUCGUUAUCUGGUCGUGAUAAAGAACGUGCUCAGGAAAUCUGAGGGAUUUCCUACAUUGGGAAGUGUUGUCGUGAAUGUUCCUUACAGUGAGUCACCAGACUGCCCAUGCCCUUUGCUACCCGACCAAGAAACGUUCCUUCUGAUGGGAGAUGUCGUGGUUGAACCAAAAGGCAACAGUGCAAAAGUUGACAUAUCUGUCACUAAGCCGGCGGUUGUGCAAACGUGGAGCCAAGAGUUCAUUCAGAAAAUGAAUAGAAAAUGCAAAGAUUUAGAUUAUCGUGAGCUACUGUAAUCUUCCACAGUUUUAUGGACAAGCCACCCUUUUUUAAUAUCGAUGAAAUUAUAAACAGUGUAAUUGUAGAAGAGAAUUAGAUAUUUUGACAGUGACAGCAGGCUCAAAGAACACGUUCUAAAUUAAAAACAUCUCAGCUUGGCUUUAAACUCAGAGCGUGCGUUUUAUUCAGAGCGCGUUCUCUUUGCAAUUGCUUACUUGUGAUUAUUUUGUAAGAAUAAUGUAACAGUUUUUUUUUGUUUAACUUCAGCCGAGCAGACCUGAAGGCACUAAUCUAUCUAGAUUCAACCAUGACUCUCGCACCUGUUGAAGUCCGCAUAUGAGUUAUUUUUGGAAUUCUGUUGAGAUCAUGAAUGUGAACGAUUACUGAAUGUAGUAGGUGCCAAUAUUUUUCUCUCAAAAUAACUUGCAUUGAACUAGCAAAGGUAACAAACUAAAAUAAGUGCUUUUAGCUGUUUGGUAAAUAAAAGUUGCAUUUUCUAAGUGA